AUGAAAGUAGAAGAGCUCAUCAUCGAUGGGUUCAAGUCGUACGCCACCCGUACGGUGAUCUCAGGAUGGGACCAUCAGUUCAAUGCUAUCACAGGACUUAACGGUUCGGGGAAGUCCAACAUUCUAGAUGCCAUUUGUUUCGUGCUAGGAAUCGCCUCCAUGUCCACAGUCAGAGCUUCCAACUUACAGGACUUGAUCUACAAGAGAGGACAGGCAGGAGUAACCAAAGCCAGUGUGACCAUCGUGUUCAACAACAACGAGAUCUCCAAGUCACCGAUCGGAUUCGAAAACUGCUCCACCAUCAGUGUCACCAGACAGAUCAUCUUGGGUGGCAGCUCCAAGUACUUGAUCAACGGGCACAAGGCCCAGCAGCAAACGGUGUUGAACUUGUUCCAAUCUGUGCAAUUGAAUAUCAACAACCCCAAUUUCUUGAUCAUGCAGGGUAAGAUCACCAAGGUGCUAAGCAUGAAGCCAUCGGAGAUCCUUUCCUUGAUCGAGGAAGCAGCAGGUACAAGAACGUUCGAGGAGCGCAAGGACAAGGCCCAAAAAACCAUGGCAAAGAAGGAAGCCAAGUUGACCGAAAUCAGAAAUCUCUUAAAGGAGGAAAUCGAACCUAAGUUGGAGAAGUUGCGUAAGGAGAAGAGAAACUUCUUAGAGUUCCAACAGACUCAAAUAGAUUUGGAAAAGCUAUCCAGAAUAGUGGCAGCUCACGACUAUUUGAAGUUAUCUAGGAAUUUCACUAACCAUUCGAACUCCUUGAGUGAAAAUGAAUCUCGUUUAGCAUUCUUGAACAAUGAAAACGAAAAGUUGGUCAACGAGAUACAAAACUUGAAUGAUGAUUUGAAUCAGGUAAAGCUACAAAGGGAGUCAGAGCUACAAAAUGAUGGAAAGUUGAAGGAAUUAGAGCACAGGGAGUCUAAGUUGACCAAUGAGAAUACAAGAUUGACCACCUCAAAGGACUUAAUAGAAGAGAACUUGAAUGAAGAAAAAAGUAAUAGAGAAAGAAUUGAAUUCCAAAUUCGAGAUAUUCAGUCUAACUUGCAAAAAAGCCUUGAACUGUAUCAAAAGUUUGAGCAGGAUUUCAAUAAGUCCAAUGAGGAGUUGAAUCAAUUGAAAAAUGAAUUCAACCAGAAAGAGGAAUUGUUGUCAACCUUAUCUACAGGUUUGUCUUCUACUGGUAAUAUAAGUACAGGUUAUUCUGCACAGUUGAAUGAAGUCAAGGAGAAAUUGAAUAACAGUCAAAAUUUCAUAAAGACUUCCAAUCUUAAGAUAUCUCACUUGAAGAAUCAAAUUCAAAAUGACCAAAUCAAAUUGGAAAAAGCGAAAGCAGAAAACGAGACAUUCCUCAAUAACAAGAAGAAAUACCAAUCUGAGAUCAGUUCCAUGGAACAAGAAUUGAACACUAAAUUGGGAUUUGAUCCAAACGUUGUAAACCAACUCAAGGACGAGGAGUCCAAUUUGGUUGCCCAAUCAAAUAAGUUAAAGCAUGACUUGAGCUAUUUGGAAAGGGAUGUUGGAAGCAUAGGAUUCAAUUAUUCCAGGCCCUCUGCUAAUUUUAAUGAUGAGUUAGUUAGAGGAAUUGUGGCACAACUCUUUAAUUUGCCGGAGAAAUCAAAUUCUCAAGCCUUGGCCAUACAGAUUUGUGCUGGUAAUAGACUUUACAAUGUUGUGGUUGACAAUUCAGAAGUUGCAACACAGUUAUUGGAAAAAGGGCAAUUGAGGAGAAGAGUUACUAUCAUUCCAUUGGAUAAGAUUAACUCAAGGAGCAUCAGUGGAGAUGUUAUCGAUUAUGCAAAAACGUUGGCUCCUGAUAAGGUUGAGUUGGCACUAAACUUGAUUGAAUUCGAAGAUGAAUUAAUCAGAGCAAUGGAGUACAUAUUUGGCACCACCUUUAUUUGCAAGGAUCCUCAAACCGCGAAAAUUAUUACCUUCGAUCCCAAGAUUAGAUCUCGUUCAAUUACUCUCGAAGGUGACAUCUAUGAUCCAGAGGGUAAUUUAUCCGGAGGUUCCCGUAGGAACGAUUCUUCGAUUUUAAUUAAGAUCCAAAGAUUUAACACCAUCUCCAACAACUUGAAAGAGGUUACUCAAAGGCUUCAUGAAGUCAGAAGUGAGAUUGGAAGGAUGGAAUCUGUAAUCAGUGGUACAAGAUCCCUUCAGAAUGAUUUAAAUUUGAAGAAGUACGAGUUAUCAUUGUUAGAGAAGAAAUUGGACAGUAAUCCAUCUUCAAUGAUUUUGAAACAAAAUGAAGCCAACGAAAAUGAGAUAAUCAACUUGGCACAACGAAUGAAGGAAGAGGACCAAAACUGCAUCAGUUAUCAGAGUGAUAUCGCGAAGAUUGAGAAAGAUAUCGCUGAAUUUAACAAUGAUAAGGGCUCUAAGUUGAGCGAUCUCAAGAAAGAAAUCAACAACUUGAAGAAAGAAUUAACUAAAAAGCAAAAUGCUCUUAAUAGCAAGAACGACGAAUAUCAAGCCAUCCAAAUUGACAACGAACAACUGAAGUCAGAAUUGAGUAACUUACAAGACUCACUCAAGAGCAGCAUUUCAUUGUUCGAAGAACUUGAAAGAAAGAAAGCCGAAACGAUACAACGAUUCAAUGAAUUGGGCGACGAAUUGAGAAUUACUAAGGCAGAGCUUGAUGAGGAGAAAGCCAACUUGCUAGGACUUGAUGAAGAAAUCAACGAGCUUAUUAAGGUCAUCAAACUCAAGAAUGAUUCUCUUAAUGAAUACAAACUUGAGAGACAGAAAUUGAGCCACGAGAUAGAAAAAUCUUCUAGCAUAACCAAUAAUUUGAAGGCAGGUUUGGACAAGAUCAUUAGCGAGCAUGACUGGGUGACUGAUACUAGUAUCUUGGAUAAUCUUAUACAGCAGUACCCUAACAUAAAUCUCGAGGAAAGCUACGCACAAUUGGCAGUUCUUGAAGAAAAAUUCCAGAGUAUGAAGAGAAAAGUGAAUGUGAACAUCAUGAGCAUGAUUGACAAUGUUGAGAAGAAGGAAACCUCUUUGAAACAUAUGGUGAAAACCAUUGAGAAGGAUAAGACAAAGAUUGUCAACACAAUCGAAAAGUUGAACGGGUACAAGAGAGAUACACUUAACAGCACAUAUCAGAAGGUCUCGGUUGACUUUGGCCAAAUUUUCAGCGACUUGUUGCCUGGGUCCUUCACCAAGUUGGUUCCCGUGAACAUGAUGGAUGUCACACAGGGGUUGGAAGUCAGAGUUAAGCUUGGUGAAGUGUGGAAGGAAAGCUUGGUUGAAUUGUCGGGUGGUCAAAGAUCUUUGGUUGCACUUUCGCUCAUCAUGGCAUUAUUGCAAUUCAAACCCGCACCCAUGUACAUUUUGGAUGAGGUUGAUGCUGCCUUGGAUUUGUCUCACACUCAAAACAUCGGCCACCUUAUCAAGACCAGGUUCAAGGGAUCCCAGUUUAUUGUUGUAUCUUUGAAGGAAGGUAUGUUCACGAAUGCCAAUAGGGUAUUCAGAACAAGGUUCCAGGAUGGUACUUCUGUGGUCUCCGUGAUGUAG